GACCAGCCCCUAGGUAUGAUGGAUUCGGACCCACCAUUCCAUGAAACCUACAAGACCCUUUACGCCUCGACAACUGAAACAUCUCCGAAUGACCUUCACCGCCACACCGUGGUCGAGGAACACGAGCUUCCGUUGAUCGAUCUAAGCCGGUUAUGUCUCGAAGACGAGGUCGAGAAGGAGAGUUGCAAGGAGGAGAUAGCUAGGGCUGCAAAUGAAUGGGGUUUUUUCCAAGUGAUUAACCAUGGGAUCUCAAGGGACAUAUUGGAUAAGAUGAGGGAAGAGCAAGUGAAAGUGUUCAAGCAACCGUUUUACAAGAAGUGCAGGGAAGACAAGUUCAUGAAUUUCUCCGCUGGUAGUUACCGUUGGGGAACACCAACAGCUACUUCGCUAAGGCAAUUAUCAUGGUCCGAAGCUUUCCACAUUCCCAUGACCGAUAUCUCCAGCUUUGGUGCCUUAAAUACCACUUUCAGUUCAUCGGUUGAACUGUUUGCCACAAAAGUAGAGAAUCUUGCUCAGAAGUUAGCCCAGAUUUUGGCAGAGAAAUCAGGUCAUAACUCCACUUUCUUCCAAGAUUCAUUGUUGAGCACUUGCUAUCUCCGGCUGAACCGAUACCCGCCGUGCCCUCUCCCGUUGUUUGGUCUAAUGCCACACACAGACAGCGAUUUCCUCACCGUAUUGCACCAAGACCAAAUCGGAGGAUUGCAAUUAAUGAAAGAUGGCAAAUGGAUUGCAGUCAAGCCUAAUCCCGAAGCUUUAUUUAUCAACAUUGGAGAUUUAUUUCAGGCAUGGAGCAAUGAUCGUUAUAAAAGUGUGCAACAUUGUGUGGUGACUAAUUGGACUAAAGAAAGGUACUCGGCUGCAUAUUUCCUUUGCCCGUCGUAUGAGACUGUGAUAGAGAGUUGCUGCAAGCCCUCGGUUUAUAGAAGGUUUAGCUUUAAAGAAUAUAGACAACAGGUCCGAGAGGAUGUUCAAAAUUAUGGUCAUAAAGUAGGGCUUACAAGGUUUCUUGUGUAA